AUCCUGGACUCUGAGAUCUUUGAGCUGAUGCAGCAGAAUGGAGAUUACACUCACUUCUACUUCUGUUACCGCUGGUUCCUGCUGGACUUCAAACGAGAACUCUUGUACGAGGAUGUGUUUGCAGUCUGGGAGGUGAUCUGGGUGGCUCCCAGGAUCUCCUCGCAACACACUUUGUCCUCUUCCUGGCCCUGGCGCUGGUGACAGUUUACCGUGACAUCAUCAUAGACAACAACAUGGACUUCACAGACAUCAUCAAGUUCUUUAACGAGAUGGCUGAACGUCAUGAUGUCCAAAACAUCUUGAGAAUGGCACGCGAGCUGGUACACAAGGUCCAGUCUCUGAUGGACAGCAAGUGACGGGAAGUGGACAGGAAGUGGACAACAGAAAACAGGAAAUGUGAAUGUGUCCAGCCCAGCUGGAAGUUCAGCUCCGCCUCCCGUCCCUCACAGAUCAGUUCAGAUGGCCCCCUACGCAUCCAGGGCUGGUCCUGGGGGUCCAGGUCUGCGCUGAGCCCAGAUGAAUGCCCUGGGAGUGAAGCUGAGAUGGUCUGGUCCUGGUGCUGGAGUUCUGUUUACAUGUCACGUGGAAUGCACAUGGUGUCUGCUCAGACAUGUGGGUUUGUCUGCAUGCAAGUGAGUUUAAUCACACUGUGAACGCAUUCUCCAGUCUCCUGCUCCUACUGUGUGUGUGCAUGGAAACACACACACACACACACACAGAGUUAUAGCGCUACACUCCAGUGUUGCCAUCUAACGUGGCUCUGAAACGCAACCUUUUGGCUUCCUGAAGCGCUGUCUAUUUGCCAAACGUCACCAGAGGGCAGAAUUUAUGCACAACACAGUCAGAGGAGCAGAAGACUUUGCCACGAAGAUUUAAUUCAUCAGUGACCAAAUGGACUGUGCCAACAACCUUUCCUCGAGUGUUUUUUACAAGCAUGUGUGUUUUUAUCCGUCCACCUGUAUUUUGGUUUUGUUUCUUUAUUAUAACACAAAUGUUGCCUUUUAUUAUCAGCCCAAGGUACUGAGAUGCACUUUCUGAUGAGCGCGUGCUUCAUGCUGCCUGUGAAGGUUGCUUUUGACCGGAGGCACUGCAGGAGGCCAGAACGUCGACACAAAUCAGGACUAAUUGCAGCCAACUUUUCUGAACAGGGCAAGUCAGUCUUUGGCUCCCAUUUUAAAUAUUCCCACAAAAUAACAACACAGCACAAUUAUUAACAGAAAAGCACAUAAACCCUCCUGAUCCCUGGAACAUUAAACUGGUUUAUAGUGCCGGGACCUCCAGAACCACUUUCAUCCCAGUUCCAGAGCUGUGGAGAGGUCUUCACCCCCCUCACACAUUUCUCUGUUUACAUUUUUAUCGCUUGUUUGUUUCAGAUCCUUACAGACAAUCUGAGUUAACACAACUAUAGGUUUAAAGUCAGGGUUACACUGUUUAGUGGCGUUUAAAUGAUUCUGCUUGGUGGGUUUUGCCCCCCCAGUCAGUCGAUACACAUCAGAGAAGAUUAAAGAUCCUGAUGAGCCAAAGUUACAACCAGAAACCCCAUGAUGUCACACAUAUGUAUAUGUCCAUUCUCAUUAGUUAAAUGGAUUAUUUAAGACUGUAUUUUUCUGUUUUACUCUCAUACUGACCCAGAAACAUGGUGCUGACCAAGUCACGUCCUUUGUCCAGUGAGUCCUCUCAGUUCAUUUAGCAAGACAAAGUUUUAAAGGUGCAGUGUGUAAGAAUAAAGUGAGAUUUUUACAAAGAGUCUAAUGUUUCAGUCAUUUAGGAAGGAAGGUUAUACUGAAACAUAUUUCACAUCCAGAAGCAGAUUCUCCAUUCAAAACAAAGCCCAUUAAACUACUGUUUACCAUCAGUGAGUGUGGAGUUGUCGUGUCUGUGAGCUAACACUGCUGCACCGACAAUUGUAAUUUGACGACGGCAAAAAGUAGUUUAAAGUGGUUGCAGUAACCAAAUAUUACCACAGGAUGUCACUUUUACUUCAUUUUUACAUAAUGCACCUUUAAGGAAUUGUGGAGUAAAUUUAAAAUCUGAUCGACUACGUAGGCACAGAUUAACCAGGAAUUGUUUCUACUGUUUAGAUUCAACCAACAUUAAUCUUAUCUGACUCACAUUCAUCAACCUUUGACUGUUUCCUACUUGACCAAACAUUUUAGACGUGGAUCAGGGAGCCCGCCCGGAUCACUGGUCUUGUAGCACACUCAGCUGGUUUUGGUAUUCUGAAGGAAACCAGGCUCAAAGCCGGACAUGAGACUUUAAAACCUCUUGUCCUGUUUGGAAAGUGGUUGCAAUUGUUCUGAUGGGACCGAGCGCCUGGCCUCUUACAAGCCCAAACGUUUGGACCAGUCUGGGGACGGGUUGUCUUGAAGUCCUCUGUGGGUCAGUGGUCUAGUCUAACUUCUGGUUUUGGAGAAACAGCACAUUCACAUUAGCAUCUGAGGAGAAUCAGGGGGCCUUUUUGAUAAUGCUUCUUCUUGAACCCCUGCAGUAUGACCCUUGACCCUUCAGUGCCCUUCCCUCCAUGUCCAACAUGGCUGCAUAUUAUAGGUCAUCCAUUAUUGACCUCCACCUGUGAUACAAGUGCCAAAAGUCUUCCCCAAUCCUGAAGUGUACUGUAGUCCGCUGCUCUUUGCUUUUAUUGGUCAGCUCCCAGGAAAGCGGGUGGUGGCU